UGAACCAACUACGUGCAAGUCAUGGGCAUUCAAUGUUUUAAGGAUGGCCAUGUUCGCCAAAGCAUAAGGGAAGAUGAUGAAACCACACUGUUGAGACAAAUGGAGCGGGAGAAAAUACCUCCUCCUCCAAAACCAAAGGCUUAUAGGCAGAAUGGACUUACCUUGUCUCAGAUGAAACAUUGGACUGUGGAUUAUUGAGUUAAUGCUGGAAUGAGUUAAGACUUUGGGGGAAUGUUGGGAAGGCAAGAUUGUGUUUUGAAAUAUGAGAAGGACAUGAGAUUUGAAGCCUGGACAGUUGAAAAACAGUGUAAUGAAUGAUGAUGAAGAAAACAUAUUGAUGAAACAGAAACUGAAGAAGGAAAGGAAUAAGACGCAAGAACAUCUUCUUCCACCGCAAACAAAGAAGCCACCUGGUGACAUUGAACUGGCCUCCACAAAGAUCCAGGCCUGGUGGCGGGGCACGCUGGUGCGACGCACACUACUGCACGCGACCCUCAGAGCUUUGAUCAUUCAGUGCUGGUGGAGGCAGGUGCUGGCAAGGCUGCAGGCGAAGAGGAGACGGGCGGCGCUGGAGCUCUGUGCACGGCAGCUAUGGGCAGCAGUCAGGCUGCAGUCCUGGGUCCGCAUGUGGCGUGUCCGCCAGCGUUACUGUCGUUUGCUCAACGCUGUCCGCAUCAUCCAGUUCUAUUGGCGCUGGAGAAGUUGCCAUACCCGUGGCUUUUUCCACGGCAGCUACGAGCUCACAACAAGCCAGCUGAGCCUUGAGCUUGACAUCUUCCUGGGAUCACAGAUUUGCCGAAUUACAGACUGCAUCCCCUUCCCAAUAAAGAACUGACCAGGUCUGCUCCAA